AUGAUAGCUGAAAAUGAGUUUGCAGCCCGUGCUUUUUCUGGUGAGAGCCGGGAGAGCGAGGGAAAGUCAGAGAGAAGAGAGCGGCAUGCCUCGGAAAAGGCGCCGCGGAGAGUUCUGCUUAAGUUUAGAAACUACACGAGGAAAACGGGGAAGAAAACCAUUCUUCUCCACAACGUAACAUUUGACGUGCCUCGGGGGAAGCUUAUUGCGCUUAUGGGGCUGAGCGGGGAGGGAAAAACCACGCUCUUUGAAAGCAUUUCUGGGCGGUGCAGCCCAGGGCAUACGACGUACGGGAGUGUAGAGGUCGCUCAGAAAAGCGGGUGGAUGGACUCCAGGCAUGCAGAGGAGUGGGUUCCCCGCGUAAACUACCACAAGCAGGAAGUGACAAAGUACAGGAAAAUUCCAGUUUACACGCUGCUGUGCUCUGUGGCGCGGUGCUACGGUGCGGACGUAGGCCGGAUCGACAAGUUGCUAGCGUACUUUCGCGUGAGCAAGACAAGACACACCGCCUUUGCAAACCUCUCCGGGGGAGAGCAGAAAAGAGUCAUGACAAUUAUUGGAGUCCUUGCAGAGAAAGAGCUGAAUCUGUGGGAUGAGCCACUGACGGGCCUGGACUCGGAAAUAGCGAAGAAAACCCUGCGGUUCAUGAAGCAGGAGAUGCGCACAACGAGCAUAGUGAGCAUCCACCAGCCCUCCUCCCAGCUGAUGAGCAUGUUUGAGUGGGUCAUAUUCAUGCACUCUUCCACGGUAAUAUACUCCGGCCCGUACAAGGGAAUGGAGGAGUACUUCCGGAGAAGGGGAAUUUCCUACACCGAGGACAUUCUGUUCAUUGACUACAUGAUGCGGCUGAGCGCAGAAAAUGCAGAGACGCAGGAGGACGUGGAGAACAUACACGUGCUGGAGAGGCUUACUCUGGAGAUAACGGGGAAGCCUCUUGCGGAGAAGAGGGCUGGGAAUGUUUUUCUGUCGAACUCCUUCGGGGUCAGCUCCACGCGAGUUUUUGAGGUUCUCUCGCGGUCUUUCUACUUCAACAGCGGAUUCUUUGGCUCCUCCAUUCUGUACGAGGCAGCGUACUACUCGGGGAUGCUCCUGAUUCUGAAGAUAAUUUGCGUGGUUUUCGACAAGAUCAUACUGGGCCCAGAGCCUUCAGCAAUUAUCGGGCUAUUCCUGCAGCCUAUCCUCGCUUUUCUGAACAUUCGCACCCAAAUAUCAGAGGGCGAUCCAGAUGCUGAUGUUUUUGCGAGCUGCUUUGACGUGGCUUCUAGCAGCAAGUGGCUCUCGUGUGUGGUAGGAUUCUUCCAGAACGAGCGCCCGUUUAUUUUUGUGAGCAUGCUGAGCCUGUUUUCAAACCUCACGGGGAUAGACUACUUCCGACUGUGCACGACAAACAUCGCAGAGGGCCAGUUUACAGUGGGGGACUUCCUUGCAGCAAGCUUUAUUGAGGUGUUUGCCCGGAAGCUGCCAACCUCCUUCCUCUUCUCUGUUUUCUCGUACUGCAUAGCGUAUACUGCCGUGCGAGCAGGAGAUCUGGGAGUAUCCGUGCCCGGGAGCACUUUUGACUUUCUCUUCGUCUGCUUCGUCUCGUCUUUUCUUCUCUGCAUGUACGUGGUUGCAAUCCACUUCCUCCCGAUUCCCCCGAAGUUGUUCAUGUACGCUGGGCUUGGGGUUGUUCUCUUCAUGCAGUCCCUGGUCUACCAAAUGGCCUCUCUGGGCGCCCUUAUGGAGAGCAAAAUGGCCAAACUGAUCGGGGGAGUGCUGAACGGGGUGGUGGACCUCGCAGACCUUUCCAAGCCGAAGCCCAAGAAUAGGGAAAACCCGCUGUACGAACAGAGGCUGAACAUGCUCCAGGAAAAGAUGUUUUUCCUCGACAGUCGCCUCGCCAGCGCGAGUGACAGCGAGAAGUCCACCCUAAAGCACCUCUGUAUGAAGGCGUCCUCCGAGCUCCUCAAGCUCCUGUACAGAGCAGGCCCCUUCGGAAUCACAGAGGAACUGCUCACGAAGCUAAGGCUCUACAGGGAAACACUCUACUCCGUUGAAGGAAGUGCAGACCUGGCGCACCGCCUCCAACAGGAGACUCCCGUGCUUCUCUACUCAGGGGGUGCCGUAGAGAAGUUCCAGUACGAAACAGCCCUUUCCUACAUCGAAAACAUGGAGAGGCCUUUCCAGAUGCACGAAAUGUUCCUUCCAGACGUGCACGUAGAUACCGUGCACUUCUCCCAAAUAGUAGGCUGCAUUCUCCGGGGGCUACUACUCCCCACGGCCCUCCUGCUUUUAUUUGGCCUGAUGAAGUACAAGCAGAUGCAGCCGCAAAUAAGAAGUUAG